GCGAGUGGAUUUGACUUCAUGUGGAAGACGCUUUCUCCUCGCAUGCAUUUUGAAUGAUCUUCCACAGCCCGGUCCACGCACUGAGAUGAUCUAUUUUUGUGAUGGCGAAGGGUCUGUUUCCACGGGCCUGGGUGAAAAAGUCCUUCUAUUUCCAGGCUCGGAUCUCGUUUGUCCGUGUGAAGUACCUGUUCCUUACGUGGCUGACUGUGCUGGUGGGGAGCUGGGUGCUUUAUGUGCAGUACUCUGCCUACACAGAGCUGUGCAGAGGAUAUGAGUGCAAGAACGCCAUUUGUGAUAAAUACAGGAGGGGAAUCAUCGAUGGCUCUGCCUGCAGCAGUCUGUGUGACAAAGGCACUCUCUACAUGAGCAGGUGUCUGUCACUGCUACCAAACAACCAGGUUUACACAGGCAGCUGGGGAGACCAUGAUGGGAUCAUCCACUGUAACCUGGGGGAGGUUGUUCAUUAUGAGCUGGGUGAAGAGCCAGAGCCUCGGAGGGAGACCUCUGUGUUUGACAAGCCCACAAGAGGCACAUCAGUAGAAAAGUUUAGAGAGAUGGUCUUCAACCACCUCAAGUCUAAACUUGGGGAGCAGGCUAAUCUGGCCAACCUCGUCAGCCAGAUCCUGUCUGUCGCUGACGGCAACAGAGAUGGACGGGUGUCACUGCCGGAAGCUCGCUCCAUGUGGGCCCUCUUGCAGAUGGAUGAGGUGCUGCUGGGCCUGCUGCUCCAGGACCGUGGACACACUCCUCGGCUCCUCGGCUACUGCGGGGACCUGUACAUGACAGAGCGAGUCCACUAUGGGCCCCUGUAUGGUUUGUCUCUACCAUGGCCACUGGUGUCCUGGGUGCCAAGCAGUUUGCAACGCACCAUGGACCAGUGGUUCACCCCCUCUUGGCCUCGCAAAGCAAAGAUCUCCAUGGGUUUGCUGGAGCUGGUGGAGGACAUCUUCCACGGCACCUACGGCAGCUUCCUCAUCUGUGACCUCACCGCGGCACACUUUGGUUACACUGACCGCCACGAGCUCCGUCUUACCAACACCCGAGCAGUCGUGUCUGAAGACGAGUUCAAACGCACCAUGCGUGUGCUGAAGUGCGAGACGGACGCUGACUGCGUGUAUGGGGUGGACUGCAGAACAUCAUGUGACGUGACGGAGAAAAGGUGCAGGGAGGAGCCCGUGCAGCCAAACUUGGCAAAAGCAUGCAGUGCACUGAAGGACUACAUCCUGCGUGGGGCGCCAUCAUCAAUGAGAGAGGAACUGGAGAGGCAGCUGUAUGCCUGUAUGGCUCUCAAAGGUAAUGCGGGACAGAUGAACAUGGAGCACUCACUCAUCCUCAAUAAUCUGAAAGCUCUGCUGUGGAAACAGAUCUCGCACACCAAGGACUCGUGACAAGAAGAAAUGAGUCCAGUCGGUUUCUCAUAUGGAGCCGAGUAUUACACAUGCUGUGAUGUAAAAGUAGCAAAUUUAUGACGUCAUUUUUAUUAACUCUUUACACCUAAGGAUGAACUGACUGAUGGAGACUCUACCUCCUUGAUCUUCCGGGCAAUUAGUGCCUGGAAAACAUGAAGUAUGUCUAAGUAAAAUAAACGUAAUGAUAGCAUGUCGCCAGUCACCUAAAAAAAGGGGCACUGCUGGAAAAAAAACAGAAUGCUGUUGUUUCAUCACAAGAGCUGAGGGAUUUAAUUGCUGUUUUUGCCACAUUAUCUAAAAUUUAUUCCAUCAAAAUCAUUGUACAAAAGCUACAAUGUGAAGUGUACUGAAAUUGCACUACAUUAAGUUAUGUUCCUUAACUGUGUUGUGUUGACAUUUCUAUUAUUAGUAAUAGUAUGUUGUUUUUUUAACAAAUCCAUGAGACCAAACUCGCAGUACAUUGUAUUUUUUCCAAUACUUGACUUUACUACACUCUGUUAACACUGACACUUAAGCACACCAGUUCUCCUUCAAUGCAUUAAUGGGAAAAUUUAAAACCAUCACCUCCCUACUUGACAAUUUAGUACAGAAUGUUUUUUUUGGAAGGGCCCGCGGUUGGUGUAGUGGUUAGCACAUUUGCCUUUGCAGUAAGAAGACCUGGGUUUGAGCCCCAGUUAAAACAAGGGCCUUUCUGCAUGGAGUUUGCAUGUUCUCCCUGUGUGUGCGUGGGUUUUCUCCGGGUUCUCCGGCUUCCUCCCACAGUCCAAAAACAUACAAUAUGGGGAUUAGGUAAAUUGGACCCUCUAAAUUGACCAUAGGUAAGAGUGAAUGGUUGUUUGUCUCCAUGUGUGUGGCCCUGCGAUGGACUGGCGAACUGUCCAGGGUGUGCCCCACCUAUCCCUCACCCUAUGUCAAAUAAGAUUGGCACAGCGACCCUCUAAAGAACCCGCUGUUCAUUAGCUUCAAAAAAGGACAAUGUGCUGGUGUUUGUCAGUGCUACACAAGGUUCCUCACUUAUAACCCAAGUGAAUCAUUUAUGCUGCAUCAAUAACACAAAUCAAGUAUUAAUGUAUUUAGUUUAUGAAUGUUAUCUAUGUAUUUUUUCACAGAAUAGAGCAUUUUGUGGUCAUGUAAUGUAGAUGUCAAUCUGUCACAGUGCCAGAGACCAUUUAAUGAAUGUUUUCCACAAAUUAAGGUGGAGAUCUUAAUCACCUCCCAUGGACACAUUUGAAUGCUGUAAAAAAAGAUUUUUCCCCAUGGUCCCAUACACAUACUGCAGCCACAGCCAUGUUGACAGAUGAACUCAUUGUACCACUUUCAAUGCUUUUCAAAACAGAUGUGACCUGUAGAGCAUGUCCAGCUUGUGGUCAGUGCAGUUUUGUUCUUAUGAAAAUGUAAAAAUGUUUACCAACCUUUAGAAACCAGCAUGACUUUGCACAAUAAAGCAACACACCACUUCACUGUUAUGUCAAA